AUGGGCGCGGAAGAAGUGACACCAGGACACGGAUCCAGCAGAAGAACAGCAACAACACUAUUACCAACACACCGGUUCCUGACCACAGUCGCACGGCACACCUCACCCUUCUACUCCGUCCCUUUACACUACCUCAAACGUCGAGGCGUUUUCUUGGUCCUCCUCUGCAUGGGCGGGAUUGCGUUUUUGCACUCGGCUUACCUCUUUUCUUCCGAUAACGACCUCCUCCACGGAAGUAGUUCCAGCAGCAGGAAUCCUAAGAAGAACCCGUUUAUGACCCUGGGCCAUAUCCGAGAACCACCGUCUUAUGGAUCUGCACCCGUUAAUGGAGUCGACGAGGAUGGGUUUGAGAUUGUUGUGGAGGAGCCCUUCGCGGAGAGGAAGAAGGGCGGGAUUGGAUAUCGACAGCCUUCCGGACAGGAAUCAUCCAGUCAGCAACAACAACAACAGCAACAACAAAAGGGAACGCGUAGACCGCCACGGAUCCAGUUCGACUUCGUGGAAUCUCCUAUGCAUAACGCAGAAGCAAGGGCCGAUUGGAACAAGUAUCGAUUUGUGGCAGUCAAGAAGAUGAUCCGUCAUGCAUGGUUCGGAUUCGUACCCACAAUGGUCAAGAGGACGGAAGAUAUCAAAACCAAGUCACAACGGCUGCAGGUCCGAGGCGAAUGGAUCGAUGUCAUGGACACUCUUUUGUUGGCAUGGAUGCCGGACGAGUACGAGCUCGCCAAAACAAAGGUUCAGGAACUGACAGGACCACGCCGCCUGUCAAAUCCUGCUCUAUUUGGGUCUGGCCCUUGGCAAGGGGAUGGCCAAGGACAGCUGGAAGUAGAGCACCUGGAACAUGAGACGGCAUUGGAUGAGAUACCGGAGGAUGAUGGGGAUGGGGCCAAUGACAGUGAAGACCGCGGGAUUGGGUUCUUUGACAAUGUUGUCAAGCAGUUGGGCGGCUUCUUGUCAAUCUAUGAAUUGGAACGAUCACGAUUGAACGAGGACCCUGAGAUUUUGAAGGCAGCUGUUGAACUGGGAGAUCAACUGGCGCUUGCUUUCCAAGGUCCCAACAACGCCCUUCCAGCCAGAACCAUCUUUGAAAGUGGGAGAGUUGGUCUGAACAAGGUCCUGGCAGGAAAGGUCUCCUUGGCCGAAGUGUCGACAUUCCAACUCGAGUUCCGUCAGCUCAGCUAUUUGACCUCCAAUGACAAGUACAGAGAGCUGGUAGAGGAAACAUUCCUACUGAACGGUCAGAAUGUCAUGGCAUACCCAAAGGCGCAUUAG